ACUGGGUCUCAACUCGUUUGGUACUUCAACACCUCUCUCUCUCUCUCUUCAUUGCUGCAGUGAAUAGGAAAAGUCACCCCGUGCGCGCUGUCAGAGUCCAAGCAUAACGAUAGCGGAUCAUUUGAACAUGAUGGGAUUUAACCGAAGACAUACGGAGCUCUGCAAUUAACAACGGAUUGGUGGGAUAUCAAAGGAGUUUACCAUGCAGCGAACAACAAUCUGUUUGUGGAAUAACACUUUCGAGAGAUUGACGAAAAGUUUACAAAUCUGAAUGGGAUUGUAGAAGCAACAUGCUAAAGUACGGAGGCAAAUAUGUCAAUUAUACCGGUAUGCAAAGAGAAAAGCUCGGGUUUUAGAGCAAGUCAUCUUUUCUGGGCGUUACGAGACCUCCACACCAUUUUCUGAGCGAGAAUGAAAAUAAGAUUUGCCUUUCCAAGCAGACUGCGGAAGAAGAAUUUCAUUUCUUCUUUAUCAUUGCUGCUGGUGAUCUGUGCCUUCUUGCUGCUCUUCCUAAAGUUCACUGUUAAAUACAGCAUUACCAUUGAAACCUAUGGGUCUACCGCAGGCUACAAUGACAUUGAGCUCCUCCAUCGCUACAACAUUGACUGCAAUGCCAUCUAUGAAAUGGAGCCGGCCGAGUUGGGGAAGUCGCUGGUCAUCAGAAAACAGGUUGUGGUGGAAGAGCAGGACAAGAGCUUGGUCAACCUGAUCUCCAAUUGCCCGCGAUACCUCCGCUCUCGGGGCUAUGGGGAUGUCCAAGUGUCUGAGGAGGAGCAGGCCUUCCCCCUGGCCUACUCACUGGUGGUCCACAAGUCUGCCUCCAUGGUGGAGAAGAUCCUCAGGGCUGUCUACACCCCUAACAACAUCUACUGUAUCCACUAUGACCUGAAGUCAUCAGAACUGUUCAGAGAGUCCAUGGAGGGUCUGGCACGCUGUCUACCCAAUGUCUUCAUCGCCUCUAAGCUGGAGGCAGUGACGUACGCCAGCAUCAGCCGCCUCAAUGCUGACCUCAACUGCCUGUCUGACCUUAUAGGAUCAAAGGUCAAGUGGAGGUAUGUCAUCAACCUGUGCGGUCAGGACUUUCCCCUGCGCUCCAACAUAGAGUUGGUGGCUGACCUGAAGAAGCUCCGGGGGGGUAACAUGAUGGAGACAAGUCGCCCCAGCGAAUACAAGAAGCAACGUUUCUCCUUCCACCACGAGCUGCAGAACGCAUCAUUCGAGUACCACCGGCUGCCGGUGAAAACUAACAAGGCCAAGGGUCCUCCGCCGCACGGCAUACAGAUGUUCAUCGGCAGCGCGUACUUCGUACUCUCGCUGGAGUUCGUCACUUAUAUGAACAAGUCUGCGCUGGCCAGGGACUUCCUGAUGUGGUCAAAUGACACCUACUCCCCAGACGAACACUUCUGGGCCACGCUGACACGGGUGCCGGGCGUGCCAGGUGAGGUGCCACGGGCCCAGGCCGACAUCACAGACCUGAUGAGCAAGACCAGACUGGUGAAGUGGAACUACCUGGAGGGACCGCUUUACCCAUCAUGCACAGGGAAACACGUCCGCAGUGUGUGUAUCUAUGGGGCGGGGGAGCUGCGCUGGCUACUGAACUACGGCAGCUGGUUCGCUAAUAAGGUGGACGCCAAAGUUGACCCGGUCCUUAUCCAAUGUCUUGAGGAUACAUUACAGGAGAAACAGAGACUCUUGGUCAAGGCUAUGAAGUCACAACAAAAGAUUCCCUCCUCUGUGUUAGCAGUUGAUGUUAUUCUUCAAUAAUACAAACUCCAAAGCAAAUAAGGGGGAGAAAAUUUGAUUUAUUUGAGAAAGACAAAUCAUAGAUGUUAUGCUGGGAGGUAGAUGUUCAGUCUCCCCGGUCCUCAGCUUUUCUCAACAGAACAAAGGACAGGAUGCCAUUGAUAACCCCCCACCCUAGCCUGGGAUUGACCAAUAACAAGGAUACUUGUUAUUGGGCCAAUGGCCAAAUUACAAGUAUCCUGCUCCAGACUCAAUGUACAGACCAAUGAAAACGUGGCACACAUAGCUCUGAGUCCAGGACUGACAUUCCACAGAUUCUAAACAGCUGUUGAACUGAAGACCUACUAUUUACAUUGACAAUUCCCUAUUGAUCGUUAAUUCUAGUACUCUCGUCCUCUUAUCCUCUGCGCUGUGUAUUUAUUUUCAAAAUAUUCUUAUACCUGGAAAAGGUUAAAUAAAUGGAUGAUUGAUUAUUAAUGGGUUAAUUCAUGUGGGAAUAUGGAACCUUUGUAAUGCUGUUUUUGACAGCACCAUUUUGGUAUUUUUUUAAAGACUUUUGUCUUUGAGUUGAUCAUGUCCGAAACUCAAUUGAUGUGACAGUGCUUUAUGGUAUAUAUGACAGUGGAAUACUGGAUGAGAUAGUGGAAUGCUGGAUGAGAUAGUGGAAUGCUGGAUAAGAUAGUAGAAUGCUGGAUGAGAUAGACUUGGCUAUCUAUGUUAGGGUUAUUCUCUCGUUUUGCAACUUGAGACUUGAAGUGGGGAAUGUUUGUGAUAGUCUGACCUUUAUGUAAUAUGGAUUAGGUUAACCAGGGCCUUGGCUCCCCGGGUGAAAGCAUGUGAAAACCAGCGUAUGAUGACUAGAGUAUGUAUACUGACUUCAGAAAGUAUUCACAUCCCUUGACAUUUUCCAGAACUUGUUGUGUUACAUCCUGAAUUUAAAAUAGAUUGCAUUGAGAUUUUGUGUCACUGGCCUAUACACAAUACCCCAUAAUAUCAAUUCAUGUUUUUAUAAAUAUUAAUUUACAUAAGUAUUCACACCCCUGAGUCAUACAUGUAAGGAUCACCUUUGACAGCAAUUAUAGCCGUUACUCUUUCUAGGUAAGUCUCUAAGAGCUUUGCACACCUUGAUUGUACACUAUUUGUAAAAAAAAAAAAAUCAAAAUUCUUC